AUGGAUUUUGGCCAAGAGGAGCGGUCUAUUUGGCUUGGGGAAGCAUCACGGAGCGUGUGGAUUGCCAGCGCCCCUCUGGAUCUUUCAUACAAGUUGUAUAUGAAAGCACUCGGGAAAUCGCCUUCCGAUACGCCAGAAAUACCAUGGGAUGCAAGUGGCGAGUUCGACCUACUACCGAAGAUGCCCACCGAUUAUAUCGUCCCACGCCACAUGGCACUCUUUGUUAUUGACGAUGAUGUGUACUAUGAUCCAGAACUUACAAUUAUGGAGAAACUUCAGGAAGCUGUGUUUUGGGAGCACACUGGGUCGGGAAGCUCAGAAUCCGACGGCAUGGCUAAGAGGUGGGACGAGGCUGCUAUCUUGAAAAUCCUGGCAAUUGAACCAGUGGGCGACACGAGUCUCUGUAACGAGAUCAUAUCCCAAAGGUGUUGGUACCAUCUCCGUGAAGCAGCAGUCCAAGAUUGA